CCAGAGAAUCCUGCUUUCCUUUCUCGACAUCAUGAGCAAGCGCAAGCUGAGUUUUAGGUGGUUCGGGAGUCUUUCCAACCUCUCUUUCCGUCGCUUGUCAGACAAAGGGGAGUCCAAGUCUGCCCUGAAGCACCAUGGGAGUCUGAGUGAACGCACAGGAGGGGAGAAGUCAAUUGAUGACAUGGACCUCUGCCCACACAGCCCCAGCUAUGCCCGGUCCAGUGACAUGUACACCCAUAUGGGCACCAUGCCCCGGCCCUCACUUAAGAAGGAAAAGAGCCUCAAGGGCUCCAAGAAAGGCAAGGGCAAGACUGAACUGAACAGGAAGCAGAGCCAGAGGCAGGCAGGGGAUUAUGUCUGCGAGUCCCCCCUGCUCAUGGCCUUGUCUAGCCAGGGGAAGCAAACCUUAGAGGGACCCCCUCGACUCCUUGCUAGUCAGGCUGGCUCCAACCAAGAUGGCCCAUCUGCCAGUGGACCAGUGGAUCCCCAAUUAUCAGAUGCCCGCCUAAGAACAGACGCUGUGCCAGUUGGUAGGCCAGCUGCCACCCGGUCACACUCCCCGCUGAGCUCUGAGGCUCCUGCUAAACCAAACAGCUCAAAAACAUCUGCCCUUACUCUGACUUCCACCACCCCAGCACCACCCCUGUCCUCCUAUCCCAGCACAGGAAGAGCCCCUGAUAAAGAAUGCCUUUCCCAGGGUGUGGCCAAAAACCUGCAAUCCAGCGAUGAUCCAAGGUCCCAACACAAGGGGACCUUACAAGAAAAAGAGGGCGGGGACUCAGGCAUGGCCACGCAGGAAGAGUUGCAAGGGAAAGAACUGGAGACCGCGACCUUGCAAGAGGCCCAGGAGUCAGAGCUUCAGUGCAGUGACUUGGAUACCAUGGAUACCAGAUGUGAAUACGUAAAGUUCUCCAAGGAGAAGUAUCUGCUGGACUCCCCACCUGAGAAACUGCGCAAGGAACUGGAGGAGGAGCUGAAGCUGAGCAGCAGUGACAUGCGCAGUCAUGGCUGGUACCAUGGCCACAUCCCCAGAGAGGUGUCAGAGACACUGGUGUUACGCAACGGGGACUUCCUGAUUCGAGACUCGCUGACGAGUGCAGGGGAUUAUGUGCUGACCAGCCGCUGGAACCACGAGGUCCUGCACUUCAAGAUCAGCAAGGUCCUGGUCAAGUCCAACGAGUCACGGGUACAGUACCUGCUUGAGCGGGAGAGCUUUGACUCGGUGCCUGCCCUCGUGCGCUACUAUGUGAGCAGCCGGCGGACGGUCUCCCAGCAGAGCGGCGCUCAGAUCUACUGCCCCAUCAACCGCACCCUCCCCCUGCGUUAUCUAGAGGCCACCUUCGCCCUGGCCAAUGGCAGGCACGGCCUCGCGCACUCCCCAUCUAGUCAAAGAGGAGCCUACAUUAAGAGGCGGAGCGUCACCAUGACAGACGGGCUGACAACGGAGAAGAUAAUCCCUCACAGCCCUUCCACUGUUCACCACAAGGAGGCGAUGAGGAACUGUGCCCUCAGCAUGGAUCAGAUUCAGGAGUUCCGAUGCCCCCUGUCUCCGGUCGGAGAGACCCCACUCUCUCCGGCGUACAGCUCAAUCACCCGACACCGAAGUCCAUCUGGUGGCAGGGUACUGGGCAUGAUACCUUCCUCCCCUGUCCUUCGGCGCUCCAGUGAGCCCCAGCUCAGCCCCUCCUCCAAUAACAAUGUGCCCUACCCCGAAUUGAAUGCCAGCGCCCACUCCACCCCAGCCCAUGGCUACCCUGCUGAGGGGGCAGGGGGUAGCUACUGCGAACUUGGCCCCAGCCCUGUCCCCAUCCCCUCCCCGACUACGCCUGCCAAGAGCUAUGUGGAGCGCCUGCGUGUGGAGGAGGGGGGUGGUGCCCUCAUGAGCAGGGACGAAGGUGGGGAGAUAUUUGUGGCCCCCCUGGUGGAGACCACCUCUGCCUUCAAGCCCACAAGGUACCAGUCACCACUGAUGCCUGCGGAGAAUAAGCCCCUUGAGGUAAACAUCCUGAAGAGGGUGAAGGAGCUGCUGGCGGAGGUGGAUGCCAAGACUGCUGCCAAGCACAUCACCAAGGCAGACUGCACGGUUGCUAGGAUACUAGGUGUUACCAAGGAGAUGCAAGGGAUGAUGGGAGUGGGCUCUGGACUGGAGCUGCUGACUCUGCCACACGGACACCAGCUCCGCCUGGAUCUGCUAGAAAGGUUUUACACCAUGUCCAUCAUGAUGGCUGUGGACCUGCUGGGCUGCACCGGCAGCACAGAGGAGAGGGCCGCCCUGCUGCACAAGACCAUCCAGCUGGCAGCCGAACUCAAGAGCAACCUGGGAAACAUGUUUGGCUUUGCUGCCGUGAUGAGGGCUCUGGAGCUACCACAGAUCGCACGGCUGGAGCAGACAUGGAUGACACUGCGUCAGAGGCACACAGAGGGAGCCAUCCUCUACGAGAAAAAGCUGAAGCCCUUCAUGAAGAGCAUGAACGAUGGCAAAGAGAGCUCUGUGCUGUCCAACACUUCGUUCCCGCAUGUGGUGCCACUGCUGUCCUUGUUGGAGAGGGGUGUGGUGGUGGGGGAGGGGGUGGAGCCAUGGGAGAGCAUGGAGUCAGGGGUGGAUGUGGUGAUGAGUCACCUGGAGGCGGCACGUACCAUAGCACACCAUGGGGGGAUCUACCGCACCAACGCAGAGACCAAGCUUCAGGGGUUUCAGGAGCAAGAGGAGGUGCUGGAGCUCUUCCACACAGACUUCCAGAUGCGGCUCCUGUGGGGCAGCCGGGGAGCGGAGGGCAGCCAGGUUGAGCGCUAUGAAAAAUUUGACAAGGUCCUGACUGCCCUGUCCAAUAAGCUGGAGCCCCCUGUUCGACAAAGUGAGCUAUAGUGCCCAUAUGGCGGAAAGGUCUGAAGCGAGAGGAAGGGGGUGGAGCAUCUUGCAGGCAGAGAGGUCACAGAGCAGUGAGGGAGGGGGGUGGCUUUUAGGCUGUAGCUCUAAAUAAGGCACAAGGGGCAGGGGUUGAGGGCAGCCUUGCCAGGGGUCAGAGGGAGAACACCAGAUGCGAGGAACGAGAGUGGUGUAAAAUGCAGAGCGGAAGGCUCCCCACCUGCUAGGAAAAGAAACCAGGAUGAGUGUAAAUAUAUCUACGCCAUUUGCCACAGUCCCAGAGUCAACCCCUGGAAUGCUCCCUGGAAUGGGGGCAGGAGGACUGACGCGACGUGACUGACUGACACCCUCUGCACACCUAUACCUGCUGUUAUGUCAAGGACUCCAGAAAUCAGGGGAUUCAGCCAAUGGCUGUGGAAUUAUCUUCUCAGCUUAACAGUGCUACUCUGUUCUGGGAGCGCAUGGGCUUAACUUAGCCAAACUCCACAGCUGUGGCAGUGCUGGAGAAGACCAGUUUGUUGUCCUAGCUAUAGUGCUUAACCAUGUGGUCUCACAGUAACUAGAAAUUGUUUGAAUGUAUGUUGCCAAACCAAUGGCUUUGCCACAUAACUCUGCCAAACAGUGUAUCUCUUGGUCGUUUUCCGUUAUUGUUUCUUACUCUCUCGGCUCCAGAUUGCACAGGUUGUUGUGCAGCUUACUGGGAACUUCAUUUCAGAAGCAUUUUCAUUCAUCCAUCUGUGUCUCUUGUCCCUAGACCUCUCACUUAUAUCGUGCAGCAUCAGAUGAUUAGAACAUCAGACUUCCUCCAUUGUUACCUGGAUUGAUAAGCUUCAAGCUAUAUUUGUACAUGUUUGUCUAGCUCCACUGCAGUCUCUCGCUCAAUGAUUUGCACAGUUGAAGGAUUCUGGUGUCAGAAUGGUGUCAGACCCUCCCCACACCCUCCCCUCUAAGUUUCAUGUAAGGACAGCUAUCACAAGCAUGACAAGGAACACUCUGCCUAAUGCCUGUAAAUGAUUGUACAGUUUAUGGCAUUUCAUUCAGUUGAUUGGAAUGCCAUCUGCGAUCCCAUCCCUUUUGUUUCCAGAAAGUCGUCCUCCUCAGACAUUUCUCCUCAACCCCUCCCAUCCCCCAUAAUUAACAUGAUUGUAUGUGUGAGGUUUUACCAUUGCUGUGUUGUCCAAGUGAAUAUGAUUCUUGCAGAAACUGUGUAAGUGUUUUUAGGCUGAAAUGAGGUUGGUCUGACCCCACGCCCUGUGGCAUAUGAAUUGUGUGUGUAUAAUUUGUUUGUUGGAUUGUUCAUCCCAACAACCUACAGAGCAACAGGCAUUUCCUACUGUCCCCUCUCACCCCUCAGCAAUCUCAAUCUCUGAUCUAGCAGUGAUCUGCUGAUACAAAUCACUGUAGCAAUGAUCAGAGUUCAUUUCUGGAGCAGGGAACAAGGGUGCAGGCUGGAAUGCGAGACUUGUCUGAACAUGUGAGCAGGGUGAGGAUGUCUGAGCACAGCUUUGUUCACUCCUCUCAACUGACUAAUUACUCUCCCACUAUUUUUUUCUUUUCAUCCAUCACCAUUUUCUCCCCAUGCUUGAUGUGAAUGUGAGAAUCUUGAGAAUUGGUAGUUUUUUGACAGUCUUUUGGGGAUGUUUUAUAAAAAUAUUAAUAUGCACCAUGUAUACUACUGAGGGCCACCCCAGCUGCAGGUGUAAGCAGGCCUCAUCUCACAGUCAGGGCUGUACCUGUGGACCUUUACCCAGAAUGCCCCUUUGUGUGUAGCUCAGGAGAGGCCACAAGUAUAUUUUCUUGCUACUAAUGCAACAGGAACAAAGGAUUCCCUUAGAGGUCUGUCCACUUUCCCCCUGCUAUUGCCAGAAUUCACUCUUCUAGCCAAAUA